AAACUGCGCCGUUCUCCCCCGCCAUUGUAGCUAGCUCCCGCCAAAUUGCACUGCUUUGACAUUUCACUGCAUUUUACGCGGCAACUUGACUCCGACGCGUACUUUUUGUUUUAAAACAUUGUUUUCAAUAAUAACAGUGGUGCAUAUUAUUAUGUGCGACAGUGAUAGUUCCGUGAAAUUAAAUUAAUAUUAAGACGUUCUUUUUGUGAGCUUGUGCAAUAGUUCUGAAGUUUUUUCGCAACAAUUUUUUGUAUUUACAUAAAUACUGAUUACUGAAUAUCCGAAAAAUGUAUCAUCCGGCCAGAAAAAAGUUGAUUGAUUUUUAUUUAUCAAUUGUUUUAAUUAUGAGCGUAACAAGGACCGAAGCUAGAUCCUUUCAGAUGACUGCAAAUGCCAAAACGAACGACGAUAAUUUGGAUAAUAACUUAAUUGAUUUCGAAGAAGACAACACAUUCAAAUUCAACAAAAAGUACGGUAUAACGUCGUGGCACGAUGACGAAUAUUUCAAUAAAAAAACACACAGAUACACUAUUGUUAAUGACAUUGGCGAAAAAAUAUUCGAAAGUAAAAAUAAAGCAAAGAAUAUUAGAAAUAACGAUGCUACUACUACAGAAGAUUACAGAGUGAUCCCACUGGAAUUAAUUACUACAACUGAGAAUACGUUGAUAAGUAUUAUUGAAAGUACUACAGAACAAGAUUUGAGUGUUAUUCCUUUGUCCACAACCGCAAAAGUACCUAAUAUAACAAUAACAGACUCAAUAACAUUACCCGUAUCUACAGAGUAUCCUGAAACUACAACUAUUGAAAAAAUAGAAAUUAUUGUACAAGAAAAAGAUACCGCCCCAGAAAUUUCGAAGGAAGUAGAAGUAGAUCUCAACAAUGAAACUACUAAAUUUCCGUUUGAAACAACAAGUGAGGUUACAUUGGAAAGUGAUGAAGUUAAUGUUUCAACUGAGAGCUUUGAUGAAACGACGCUCAUAGAACAAAUAUCGAAAGAAAAUUACAACAAUUCUAAAGCACUAACUGAAAUUUAUAAAUCUACAGAAGAUUCAGUGAUUAAUACUACAGAAGAUACUAAUUUUAAUGUAACAGAUAUUCAUUUUGAGCUUUUAAACACUACAAAAUUGGAAAUAAAAAAAACGAAUGAAAGCAGAAUAGAUGAAAGUAGAGAAACCGAUGCAGAUGUACCAAUAUUUACAGAAUUAGACGCCGAAGAAGAAAUAGAUGUUCCAGAGGAUUAUUAUGAUACUAAAGAUGUUGUUCCUACUACGGCUCCAAGGACCGAUGCGUUAUCAGUUAUAUUUGGACUUGCAGGGAGCGUUGUGGAGAGUGUAGUAGAGACUGUAGCAGAAAGGGUUGUCCCGAAGAGCGUUUUCGACUUGUUUAAGAGAAUGCAGAGGCAGAGCGAAGCUUUAGAAUCUGAGCGGCUGAGGAGUAAAGAGGAGAAUGGUGGCAUAGGUCAAUUCACCCGGGGCAUCAUCAAAACGAUAUCAACAGGUAUCUCGAGACCACUCAGUCAGCUGAUGGCUGGAGCUAGAGAUAUAGGAUCUCUGGACACAGAUCGGGGAUUCGUUUCCAGUUUAGCAUCAGGAGUGACCAGUGUUGCCAACGUUGCCAACUCACUUGUCGAUACUUUUAAGGAUCGGGUGCAAGCUAUCUAUCCAGGGACGGUGUGGUGUGGCGACGGAAGGUCCGCGGCCGCGCGCUCUGGUGACCUUGGCCUCUUCUUCUUCACGGACACGUGUUGUCGGCAGCACGACGCCUGCAAGCUGUAUAUCAAGGCUGGAGACUCUAAGUACGGCCUGACCAACACCGGACUCUUCACAAGGUCGCACUGCAGCUGCGACGUGAAGUUCCGGGAGUGUCUGAGGCGCACCAAUUCGCUGGUGUCGGCCCAGAUAGGGCUGACGUACUUCAACGUGCUGGGGCCGCAGUGCUUCAGGCGGGCUCACCCUAUCGUGAGGUGCGCGAGGAGGACGCGCAUUACUGGCCAGAGAUGCGAAGAGUACGAGUUGGACUUCACCAAGCCCAGGAUGUGGCAGUGGUUUGACAACGAGACAUUUUAAUCUGCUGCUGCCGUAGUGGUUCGCGGAACUAGCAAGAGAUGGCUCUGUUUUACAAUAAUUGGAACAACAUCUGCUGCCGAAAGAAAUUAACCCACCGGGUUGAGCGUGGCCUACUGUUGUCAGUAGUACAGUUGCCAACUAUUUCUAAGGACUUUUUCCAACCUCACCUCUAACUUCAUUCAGGGGGAGUUGCACAGUUGGAUGAAAGCGGUGUCUCAAUUAAUUAUAUUAAUAAUCUACCACCGUGUCCAGUACCUCAAAUAUGUCAAGAAAUAUUUGUCUAUAAGGGCAGAUACAAUUUAUGCUCUGCUCGUCUUGAGGCACGGUGUCAAAGAAUCUAAUGCGAGAAGCAAAACCCUUGAGAUGUAAUAAUGUGAUGUUAACGGACCUAUGUCGGUCGCGAGACCACGACUUCAGGGGACUUGUCGUAACAUUACGCUUACCGCUUAACAAUUAAAAUAAUCGAAGCUCUCGACUUACUUAUCGAUUAAUAAUUACACUUUACUAUAUUUAUAAAAAAGUACAAAUUGUUAAAUGAAAUUGGACUUUUAUUAUAGAUUAAAUUAAAUUUAUGCAAAAAUA